AUGGACGUGCGGACGUUGGACGACAUCAAGACGGUGGCGGUGGAUUCCACGCGGCAGUUCGAGCUGCUGUCGGUCGACCCCGUGAGCCAGCUGGCCUGCCUCGCCGGUCCUUUAGGUCUCAGCUGUGUCGAUCAUCGCGUGGGCUCCCAAGUCGGUCAGGUGGGUUGGGAUGAGGACUCGUCGGUGCAUUUCUUGGGCCUUGGUGGGAGGACGAACCCCAAUCAACUCUGCGUGGUGGGCCACCGACGAGCCGCGCUCUGGGACCUCCGCAAGCUGGGCCAGCAGCUCGACUGCCUCGAACCGGCGCACGCUGCGACGAAGUACCGGUGUGCGGCUCUUCACGAUGGCACGCUGCUGCUGACCGAGACCACCGCGCAGGAGCACACCUUCCACAGCUUCGACCUUGCAGGUGGCGUGCUCACGCCGUCGUCGCCCUUUCCGUCGCACCACUUCCUCAGCCGAACUCUCAUGGGCGCCGCACAGGCGCCUUUCAGGGUCCAGUUCGACCGAUACAAGUGGGUGCUGGGGCUGGGCGACUCGUGGGCGGUCGUUGACCGCCGGAGCGGUCGCGUGAGCGAGAGCUUCCCGCUCGCGGCGCCGGCGGCCAAGGCCAGCAGCAGCGGCAGCGGCGGCGGCAGGGGCGGACCCUACGACCUGGUCUACCACAACGACACCCUCGUCACCUCCACCUCCUCGCAUCUGAUGCUGUGGGACUACUUUACGGAAGAGUCCAUGGGCUGUGGCCAGUGGGCAUAA